AUGUUGCGUUUCUCUCUAGGCAUAAACCCAAGAAUUACUCUCUUAGGAUCCAUCAUCACUCUCUGCUUAGCUGGAGCAUGGGCCUCCUCAUUAAAUAACGACUCAGAGGUGCUAUCAGACUCAUCUCUUCUGAGCAGCAUCAGUGAAGCUAGGCAGGAGGUAGACACACUAUAUUUACAGGCCCGCAAAAGCUUAAAGAGAAAACUACAGGAAAAGGUUGCAAACCCAAUGGAUUUCCUGAAGCACUUAAAGGACCCAGUAGGAACAACCAGAUCUGCAGUACGUGCUGCUGAUUACUUCGAAACUACUUUGAAACUCCUCAAAAUAAAGCUCUCUGGGAAAUGGACAUUCAAUCUUACAGACCUGCUAGACAAGAAACAGAAAGAGGUGAUUUCCAAAGGAACUGGCUGUGACUAUCAGAUUCGGUCCAUUAAAUGCCCAAAGCAUGACAUUUACCGGACCAUUACUGGGGAGUGCAACAACAGAAAUCAUUCUCAUCUGGGGGCUUCGAACCGCGCGUUUGCUCGCUGGCUCCCAGCAGCGUAUGAAGAUGGAGCGUCUGUUCCCAGAGGAGCAAGUGAAGGGAAGUUGUACAAUGGGUUUCCACUCCCACUGGUUCGAAAAGUGUCAAAUGAAAUUGCUCGCACAGCCAAUGAGAACAUCACUCAAGAUCAAGUGCUUUCUCUUGCCUUCAUGCACUGGGGCCAGUGGGUCAACCAUGACAUAGACUUAAGCCCUUCCAGCGGUGCAGGAGCAAGCCCGGGGCUUCGCUGCGAGACCGACUGUGGCUUCAAGUCCCCUUGCUUCCCGAUUAAGUUUCCCCCUGAUGACCCACGGAUGCUGAGGUCAAACUCCUGCAUGCCAUUCAUCCAGUCGGCGUCCGUGUGCAAUCCCAGAACAUUUACUCGUGAGCAGAUCAACGCUGUCAGCUCGUUCAUCGAUGCCAGCACGGUGUACGGCAGCGAAGACUCUGUGGCAAACAGUAUUAGAAAUCAAACAAACCAGCUGGGUUUGAUGGCUGUGAACCAGAAUUUUACUGAUGCGGGGCUGGAAUUAUUGCCCUUUGAGAACAAAACAAAAAGUGUUUGUGUUCUCACCAAUGAAAGCAUGAACAUCCCCUGUUUUAAAGCAGGUGACAAACGGGUAACAGAAAACCUGGGACUUUCCGCACUACACACUGUCUUUGUACGAGAACACAACCACCUGGUUACAGAGCUGAGGAAAUUAAAUCCUCACUGGGAUGGAGAAAAGCUUUACCAAGAGAGUCGAAAGAUUGUAGGGGCCAUAAACCAGAUAAUAACAUACAGAGAUUACCUCCCACUUGUGCUUGGGGAGGAGACCAGAAAGUGGAUCCCUUCGUACAGUGGCUACAAUGAGAAUGUGGAUCCUAGAGCCUCAAAUGUUUUUUCCCUGGCUUUCCGAUUUGGUCAUACGUCAGUACAGCCUUUUGUAUCCCGUUUGGAUGACAGUUUUCAGCCUUUGGGGUCAUUCUCCCAUGUGCCUCUUCAUCUGACCUUUUGUGCUACAUGGAGAAUUAUAAUGGAAGGUGGCAUUGACCCACUGAUACGGGGCAUGAUGGUUGAUCAUGCAAAACUGAUGAAACAGAAUCAACUGCUCGUUGAGGAGCUCCAGAACCACCUUUUUGAACAGACAGCGAUAAUGGGUCUGGAUCUAGCAGCCCUGAACAUGCAACGGGGAAGAGACCAUGGCCUUCCAGGUUACAAUGCCUGGAGGCACUUCUGUGGGCUCUCCCAGCCUCAAAACGUAGAUGAAUUGUCUGAGGUGCUAGGCAAUUCCAAACUGGCCGAGAAGUUCAUGAAGUUGUAUGGGACACCGGACAAUAUUGACCUCUGGAUUGGGGCAGUUGCAGAGCCCUUUGUUCCCCAGGGCAGAGUUGGACCCCUCCUGGCCUGCAUCCUUGGCACCCAGUUCAGGAACCUGCGUGACGGGGACAGAUUCUGGUGGGAGAACCCAGGAGUUUUCACUCAGCAGCAGUUGUAUGCGCUCAGAAAAAUCUCACUGUCGAGGAUCAUCUGUGAUAAUACUCGUAUCAGAAAGGUACCCAGGGAUAUGUUCAAGGUCAGCAGUUAUCCUGAGGACUUCAUUGACUGCCAUGACAUCGAUGCACUCGACCUCUCACCCUGGAAAGAUGAACCUGAGAGUGGCCCAAAAGUGGCCCUUGUUCUCACCAGCAGAGACAAGACGCUGCCUGCACAGGCACCCACCUGA